GCUUCAUGUCAUCUCAUUGUCUAGUUGCUUUGCGUAGUUUCAGCGUCCAUGGAUGAUCUGGACUUGCUGAGUCCGCACCUGUUCAGGUACAAGAAGAGGAACUUUGCUGUCAAAAACAAUUUUUUUCCCAAACAACUUGAUGCUCUCCUGGACCUUGAGAUGAGACCGACCGAUGUUUUCCUCAUCACGUAUCCCAAGUCAGGAACAAUUUGGAUGCAACAGAUCCUGGUCCAAAUCAUGGAUGCGGCCCACCCGGAGCAGGCAGAAGACGCCACCAACAGGAACAGAGUUCCCCUUCUGGAGUCGACGUUUCUGGAUGACCCCAGCAGAGAAAGACCGGAUCCUCGACUCUUUCGCACCCAUCUGCCCCCAGACAUGUUGCCUCGUGAAGUGAAAAACAAGAAACUGAAGAUCGUGUACGUCUGGAGGAACCCAAAGGAUGUCUUGGUGUCUUUUUAUCAUUUCUCCUUCAGCUGGGUUUUCCUGGAAUCUCCAGAGAGCUUUGAGACUUUCUUUCAGCAGUUCCUGGAUGGUGAUGUUUACAUGGGAUCCUGGUUCGAUCACAUCAGAGAUUUCUUCUCAGCGCAAGACGAACUCUGCAUCCACUUCGUCAAGUACGAGGACAUGCUCCAGGACUUCAGAGGAGAGGUUGUGAAGCUUUGUGCCUUCCUGGGAAAAGAUUUGAGCGAUGAAGCUAUCAAUCACAUUGUUGAGAUGUCCACCUUUGAAAACAUGAAGACCAAUCCCAAAGCAAACUACAAGGAUUUAGUGGAAACGCAUGUCUACGUCAAGGAAACCAUGCGUAAAGGCGUAGCAGGCGACUGGAAGAACUACUUCACGGUGGCCCAGAAUCAGCGGUUUGACCGAGUGCUCAAAGAAAAGAUGAGCGACCUUCCCCUCAGCUUCACCUGGGAGCUGGAACCGCCGCUCCUCUGAACCUCGGAUCACUGUUUUUCAAGUUUUUCACAAGAUUUUCAGCUGUUCAGUAAAUUUCUGAAUCUUAAGGAGAGACUAUUUUUAAACUAAAAGUGUAUUUCCUUAUAUUUUCUUCAUAAGAAAAUAUUAUCAUCAUAUAAUAUUAUCAUGAUAGUGUGAUUACCUUAAUGAGUAAAAAAAUGUCUUUGACAGAGUCCAACGCAAAGAGCGUGGAGCCCUUCACACCUGGGAAAAGAAAGACAACAUCACAAUCCUGAAGUUAAAGUCAACUUUCAGAGAAAAGACAGAAUUCUGAGAUUAAAGUCAUAUUUCCAAGUCAAAAGUCAGUACCAAUAUUUUUUAAGACAUGUUUUUUUGUGCACUGCCUUACUCUCCCCUGUAGAUUCCCCCUCACACUCAAUAUUGCAAAUUGUCAUUUUAUCUGUCUCCUUUGUUCAAUCAACUUUUCAUUUUUAAUGUCUUAUUAUAGUUGCAGAUUUCUGAUUUCAGUUAUACUCUGUAGAAGACGGCGUUUCAAGAAUUUUCAGUGCUGAAAAACUAUUUUUACGAUGGUCUGAAAAGGAAUUUAAUCUAAAGGCAGAUCAAACCUCUAUUAUCAUGGUUUUGUGCUCUUUUUCUAUUGUAAAUGUUGGGAAAUGUAGCAGAUAUUUCCCCUGUUUUUUUCACUUCUUGGUGUUUUUUUUUUUCUUGUGGGUUCUGGUUGCCAGUCUGUCUGAAACAGAGCAGACAGUUGACCUUCCCUUCCCUUAUUCAAUCCGUUUCUAGAAAUUCAUGCUUUAUUCAAACUCCCACCACACGGGGGCAGUGCAGGCCUGGUUAGUGGUUUGGCAGCAACUCAGUAUCUCCCCAUCCUUCUGCUCCCUCUCUUCAUCAGGGCUGAAAUAAAUACUGUUUCUCUUACAAAAACCGACUUUCGCCUGCUGGCCUCCAGCACUGAG